AAUAACGUUUAGAUCAUAUAAUAAACGCAUUUUAAGUUUAACAUUCUCUAGAGAAACUUCAACUCCUCGAAAACAAAUAUGAAAUCUUUUGCUAUUUUCUUUGUAAGCAUGUGCUGCUUAAUGGUAGCCAUUAAGGCGGCUGCCGUAGAACCAGUGGUCACUGAAUUAGAAAAGGAUUCUAAAAGUGAAGUGACUUUGCCCACAAAUGAAGACUGCAUACAACCCAAGGAAACUGGUCGCUGUUUUGCUCUCUUCUAUCGUUUCGCCUACGAUGUGGAAAAACGUGAAUGUGUUGAAUUCAUUUAUGGCGGUUGUGCUGGCAAUUCCAAUAAUUUCGAAACUAAAGAAGAUUGUGAACAAAAAUGUGUUUUGGAAACUAAACAAAAUACAGCUGAUAAAGUUUUGAACACCACUGUUUUACCAACCGUAACGGAGACUGCAACUACUACAGAGAAAGUUGAAAAUGCCUCUUCUUAAAAUGGAGAGAUAAUUCUUAAGUGAAAUGUAUUCAAAUGAGUUUGUUCUCUCAUUUGAAUUAUUUUAAUUAGUAUUAUUAUGUAGAGUGUGAUAAUUUAGUGUCAUAAGGUCUUUUUCAACUCAAUUAAGUUUUAUUUGUUUGUGUUAUUCUUUUCUUUUUUUUUUUUGUUAUGUGAAUAAAGUAAUUUUAUUAAAAUUA